CACUCCAUAACUCACCUAAGUCACCCUCUCCCGCCGGAGCUAAAACGCUGGUUGUGGGCGCUCAAAGGCUGUCCAUAGCCCUACAAAAUUAAAAGGGUAUCUAUCUAUUCUUGAUUUCCCUUUUUCUGAGGUUUUAGGUUGGUUUUGCUUAGAUCAUAGCCAGAAUGGCCAACAUUAUGCCAAUUCCGACUGAAUCGUGCAAGGUUGGUUUCAUUGGAGCUGGGAAAAUGGCGGAGAGCAUUGCCAGAGGUGUCGUCAGUUCAGGCGUUUUGCCGGCUUCCCAAGUCCGGACUGCUCAUCUUGGCGCGAGGCGUUCAGUCUUUGAAUCAUUUGGAGUCAAAGUCUUUGAUCAGAAUAGUCAGGUAGUCCAAGAUAGCGAUGUAGUUAUAUUCUCCGUGAAACCUCAAGUUGUGAAAGACGUGGUGAUGCAGUUAAGGCCACUUCUUUCAGAGAAGCAGCUUUUAGUGUCGGUUGUCGCUGGAGUCAAGCUAAAAGAUUUGCAGGAGUGGGCAGGUCACAGUCGAUUCAUUAGGGUAAUGCCCAACACCCCAGCUGCUGUUGGUGUAGCUGCGUCUGUUAUUACUCUAGGGGAUGCAGCAACCAAGGAAGAUGGGGAAUUAAUCAGUAACUUAUUUGGAGCAAUUGGCAAAGUUUGGACAGCUCAGGAGAAGCUGUUUGAUGCUAUUACCGGCCUGAGUGCUAGUGGACCAGCAUACAUCUUCUUGGCGAUUGAAGCUUUAGCCGAUGGAGGCGUUGCUGCCGGUCUACCUCGUGAGCUCUCACUUGGUCUGGCUUCUCAAAUGGUACUGGGAGCAGCAUCAAUGGCAACAAGCACGGGCAAACACCCCGGCCAGCUCAAAGAUGACGUGGCGUCUCCUGGUGGCACGACCAUAGCCGGGAUUCACGAGCUGGAAAAAGCAGGCUUUCGAGGCAUUCUGAUGAAUGCGGUCGUCGCUGCUGCAAAGCGCAGCCAGGAGCUUUCUAAGAAUUAGGUUCCUGGUAACUUUUGCAAAGCCUUUACCCCACAUUACAAGCAUAUGUUCUCUAUUAUUCAUUCUCCUAUUUUUUUGUUAGGAUGUUAGCUGUGUUAGCUGUAUUGGUAUAAAAUUUUAUCUUCUUUAGCAGUUUGAGUAGGAAGAACAAUAGCAAUAUUUGAGCUAUUCAUUUGAAUUAGACUAAUAUGCACUAUUUCUCGAA